AUGGAAAGCAACCCAGUGGCUAUUGCUAAAUCCACCACUGCUGAUUCCUCAUCGCCUUCGCCGGUUGAGAUUUUCGAUGGAAAUUCCUCCCCGCAGAAAAUAGAAAACACACCCGUGACUAUUGCUGCAGCCACCAAUGGUGCGUCCUUAUCCCCGGUUGAAAGGGCUCGCCAAAUCCGAAUCACACCUGAGGAGUGUGCGACUUUCUUUUAA